AUGGACGACAGCGAUGCGCGCGUACUCGACUUCCUCGACGACAAGCUGCAGACGGCCGCCGACCUGGACGCGCUCGACGGGCUGCUGGCGGCCGUCACGGCGCAGCACGGGCUGCUGAGGCAGCAGCUCGACGGCGCCCAGCGCGACCUCGACGACGCAAAGCGCCAGCAGCACGCGCACCACAGCCAGCUGCAGGCCAGCGCCGCAGCGUUCCGGCGCCAGCAGCACGACUUGGACCGCCGCCUGCUGGCCAUGACGGCCUCGGAGACCAGCGACGAGGCCGUGCCGCGCUUCGAGGCCGCGCUGGGGACGCUGCAGCGCGUCGACGUGGCCGGCCGCUACCUGGACCUGCUGCGCGACGUCGACGAGCUCGGGGGGGACAGAGUGCCGACGUCCAGCGAGACGCCCCACGACGCUGCCCUCGCGUCCUACGGCCAGCUGCGCGCCCUGCACGGCCGUCUGCUCACGCUCCACCACAACGCCGAGGGCGCCGCGCCGCAGCUGCUCCACCACGUCGCCCAGACCACCCACGCCCUGCGCUCGCAGCUGCUCGAUGCCUUCGGCGCCGACCUCGACGCCGUCCUCAAAAAGGUGCACUGGCCGACGCCCACAGCCGCCAUGCCGCCGCAGCUGCGUGGGGACUGGGAAGCGGCGGUGGCGAAGCUGCUCGACCUGCAAAUGCCGGACCUCGAGGGGUGCGACUAUGCGACGGCGGCCGGGGACAAGGCGAAGCUGCCGCCGGUGCUGUUCCCCUUUGAAGUGCUCGUGCAGCCCCUCGCCAUGCGCUUUCGCUACCACUUUGACGGCGACAGGCCCACCAACCGUCUUGACCGGCCCGAGUACUUCCUCUCGCACGUCAGUGCGCUUGUCGACGACUACAGCAGCUUCAUGAGUGACUACAUGCAGCCUGUGCUGCUGAAGCACUUUCGUGGCACAGACGUCGCACUGAACCCCGUCUACGUGGACGCCAUGUCUGCCUUCAUCACUGCGCUCUUGCCCAUGCUGAGGACCAAGAUUGCCUCGCUGCUGCCCCAGGUGGCAGGCCAGCCCCAGCUCCUCAGCCACCUCAUGCAUGAGAUGAUGAGCUUCGACUGCACCAUCAGAGACACGUGGGCAUACGAUGGCGGCUAUGGGCUGAGCGGCUGGAACGGCCUGUCGUGGGAGUUCCUCGUCCAGGCCAACUGGUUCGACCAGUGGCUGCGCGUCGAGAAAGAGUUUGCCCUUGGGCGUUACCACGACAUUGUAGAAGCCGACGAUUGGAGACAGGUCGACUACGAAAGCGUCGACGCCAAAGCUACCAAGCCGACAAAGGGGGCAAUCCGUGUCAACGAUUUACUCGAAACCGUCACAGAUCGAUACAGACCCCUGACAUCCUUCAAGCACAAGUUGGCCUUUCUGAUCGACAUCCAGAUUGCCAUAUUCGACCAAUUUCACGAGCGGCUGAGCGACAGCCUAGAGGCCUACCUCCGGAUGACCACCGCCCUGGGUCGCGCCAUGGGCGGUGUGAGCAAAGAGGAGCAGGACAAACUGCUCGGCAUCGAGGGCCUGGAGAGCCUGUGCAGGACCUAUGGCAGCGCCGACUACCUCGAAAAGGCAAUGCGUGACUGGAGUGACGAUGUGUUCUUCCUGGACAUCUGGGAGGAGCUGCAGCAUCGCGCUCAGCACGGCGGCAGCAUAGGCACCCGCACCGUUGCCGCCGUUGCCGAACGCACCUCCAAGAACGUCGGCGCAAGCAAAGUCGACGCCUCGGACGCGGGCGGUCUCUUUGACGAAACGGCUUCGUGGUACGCGCGCCUGCGCGACCGCAGCGAGCAAAUCAUCACCGAGACGCUCGUCUCCAGCGUGCGGGUGGCGCUCAAGCCGUAUCGUCAGAUCAAUCCUUGGGCGACGCUCUCGAGCUCGGGCCCAGGUGGCAAAGAUCUCAGCCCUACCGCCGAACUCGACCCGCUGCUGUCCCAUCUCAGCACCACCCUGGCGUUCCUGUCUCGCGUUCUGGCUCCUGCCCCACUGCGCCGCAUCACCAGGGCCGUCCUCGCCACCGUCAACGCUGCAAUCUUCGACUCGGUCCUGCGAGUCAGCUUCUCCACCCCGGGUGCCGCCCAACUGAACGCCGACCUCGAAGCGAUCUGCGCUGUCAUCGACGACAUGGUCGGUGCAGGCGUGGCCGAAUCCGGCCUGAGGAGGUGCUUCGAGGGCGCCAAGCUGGUCAGCCUGCCCAUCCGGGGCGUCAAGAGUUCUACGAAUACCGCCACUGCCACGGAGGAUGGCGGGGAGGAGUGGGACGCAUGGGCCGCCGACGACGCAGACGCCGACGCGGAUCCCGCAACGUCAGGGGCGGGGCCGCAAAAAGCAACGCCCAAGCGAGACGCAGAUGGCAGCGCCAAGGCGGGCCUGGAGCUGGGGCUGUGGGAGGUGGAGCAGCGUCUGUUCGCCGACAACCAGAGUGCGCGCGACGUCCUCGCGGAGCUGGGCCUUGAAGUGCUGGACGAGAAGGAGGCGAGGCGGCUGCUUAGCUUGAGAGUCGAGCUCGCGGGCUAG